AUGGGACCCUUGCCUCUGCGACAUUGCACGUUCAUCUUCUCUGCUCAGAACACGCUUCUCCUGUUUCCCACAGCUCCCGCUCGUCCUCUAGGGUCGGGGUCGCUUCCCCGGGAGGCGGGGACUCACUCCCCAAGACGGGAAGCGGGGUCUCACUCCUCCCGCCGAGCGUCAGUCCCGCUGCCGGCCCGCCUCGCAGUCCGAGCCGCGGACGCGCACCGCCCCCUCCUGGUCAGGAGGGGGAUCGCGGGGGGCCGGGAGGGUUUCCCCGUGUCCGGGGCGCUGCGCACCGCGCCGGCCGCCCUGCGGACACUGCAGCGGCGAGGACUGAAGGCCCAGAUCAGGCCUCACUACCUUGAAACUCUGACCCCACCCCCACCCCCACCCCCCGCCUCCCAGCUCCACGCUUCCCUCGGGGACCUUUCGGGGCGCCUCCACCGCAGGGUGGUUCUGGCGAGGAUGCGCAGAUGA